AUUUACCAUCAUGUGAAAAGAAAUUUCAUCCAUUUUUCUGACAAUAAAAUAUUAUAGAUAUUUCUUGAAAAUCCGUAAGCCACUAAAUUAUUUACAGUUAAUGAAAAGAAAAUGUUGGAACAAAAGAAAUAAAUCCAUAUAACUGUUGAAAAAUAAAAACGCAGGAUUUCAUUUAUCAAGAUCAUUUACAAGUGGAAUAUUCAUUAUGACAUGAUUCAGAGAGCUUUAAAGCUCAAAAAGUGUUAUUUAUAUUAUGAUUUGGUGGAAUCUAACAAGUGAACAGAUCUUGUUAGGAAUUUUUUUAUUUUCUUUCUCAAUAUUUACUACAAUAGGUAAUGCUCUAGUUAUUAUAGCAGUCAUAAGAGAACGAUAUUUGCACACAGCAACCAAUUAUUUCGUUACUUCUUUGGCUCUUGCUGAUCUUCUAGUUGGCAUCGUUGUCAUGCCUUUUAGUGCCAUCUACGAGGUAUUAGAAAAACGUUGGCUAUUUGAACUAGAUUGGUGUGAUGUCUGGCAUUCUUUGGAUGUUUUAUUUUCAACAGCUUCAAUUUUAAAUUUAUGUGUUAUAAGCUUAGAUCGCUAUUGGGCAAUAAAAGAUCCUUUGAGUUAUCCUAUGCGAAUGACUCGCAAAUAUGCAGUUAUAUUAAUUACAAUAAUAUGGUUGGCUUCUAGUUUAAUAUCUUUUCCAGCCAUUUUAUGGUGGCGCAUCGACCGAACAGAUACUAUUCUAAAAAAUAAAUGCCCAUUUACAGUAAAUUUGGAAUAUAUAGUGUUUUCAUCUAUAGUAAGUUUUUAUUUUCCACUAUUUGUGAUGGUUUUUACUUACUAUAAAAUAUACCGAGAAGCCGAAGUACAGACACGAAGUUUGAGAAUCGGAGCAAAACAAGUUAUAAUAGCUUCAAGUCAAUUGCAGCUGACCCUAAGAAUGCAUCGUGGAAAAGAUUUUACACCAAAACCCCGCAAUCAUCUCUAUCCAGAUAUGUCUUUACCUGAAAAAAAAAAUUCACUCCAGUUACAAAAUACUUUUGAAAAAUCUUCUACUACAACAGUCGAGAAGUUAUUUGAUUUUGAUUAUUUCAAUAAAAACAAUACACUUGCAUACAAUAAAAAUUUUUCAAUAUCAAGAAAAUUGGCUAAAUUUUCAAAAGAAAAAAAAGCUGCAAAAACUUUAGGCAUUGUAAUGGGAGUAUUUAUAAUUUGUUGGUUACCGUUCUUCAUUGUAAAUCUUAUAUCAGGGUUUUGCACUCGAUGCAUCUGGAAAGAAGAAAUUAUUUUUACAGCUGUAUCUUGGUUAGGAUGGAUGAACAGUGGAAUGAAUCCAAUAAUAUACGCCUGUUGGAGUAAAGACUUCAAAAGAGCAUUUCGUAAACUCUUAUGUCCGAAUCGGGUUCAAAAAUCAAGUAGAAGACACAAAAAUGCUUUCAAAGACAAGACGGGAAAAAAUGUUCAAGAUGCUGCAACCAUUUGAAAAUAUAGCUGUAGAAGUAGAAUCAUGGUUUCGAAAGUUUAGAAAAAUCAAAAAUGAAGAGAAGAAUUAAUGGUCAAGCUACAAAAAGAAAGGAAAAGGAAAUAGAAAAUAUGAACCUUUUUUUACUAUCCUACUUUACUUUGAUAUGUUAUUGAUGAAAAUUUUUAUUACAUAAUUUAUCAAUUAAACAAACGAAAAUUAAAAAAAUUUACCUAUACAACUACCACCAUUUAUCGUACAAAAAAUAUUUAUUCUUAUGAGUUUUCAAAAACACUUAUUACAAAAUGACGUUCUUGUUGUAAGUUUUUUUUCUGUUAAGAUCUCUGUAUAAUAAAAUGAAA